AUGUUGGAUCCGGUAACUGCGAUAGGCCUUGCGUCAUCUAUCGUGGCCUUCGUUGAUUUCAGCGCAAAGCUAGUAAAAGGCUCGAUCGAGAUCUAUCAGGCCAGCGAUGGUACCCUGACAGAGAACCGCAGCAGUCAGGCUGUAGCUGUCGCAAUGGAAAGAUAUGCCGCUCGCCUCGUUAUUCGACAGCCCUCACAGACAGGCAAGGAAGAAAAAGAACUCGUUCACCUCGCUACAAAGUGUCACGCUGUCUGUAUAGAAAUACUCGGUUUAUUGGGGCGAAUCAGGCCGAAGGACUUGUCUUCCAAAAGGCAGAGUCUUUGGGCAGCUUUGAAAAAUAAAUUUCACGAGGGCGAGCGUGAAGAGCUUGAGAAACAACUGGAUACCUAUCGUCGUCAGCUCGAGCUGCACAUGAGCUUCGAAACAAUGAUCUCAGUUGACACGCUUUCUCAGUACGUUAGGCACAACACCGAGAGUCUGAAUCCGUUGAAGGCUACUAUAUCUGAGCUAUCGGCGAUCGGCAUCGACACCCAAGAGUCAGUCCGUCAGCUAUUGGACAUACAAAGAACAGCGGUUUAUGUUAAUAUCAACAACCAAAUUCUGGAAAGCCUAGAGCAUGAUGACAUGGACAAGAGGCAUGAGAUGAUAGAAGAGGCGCAUGAAAAGACGUUUCAGUGGAUCUUCGAUGUCGACGGAGCCGCUCGGGACGGCAAGGCAGGGUCCCAUUUUCCGGCUGAGCAUGAUUGGGAUAGCGUUGAUACACUCGACUCCGAUGAUUCGGAUGGUUCGGCGGAUUCUUCCCAUGAGCGACAGAAAAGCAGAAGAAGAAAAUUGAAAAGAGAGAGUGAUAUGGAGAGGACAAAGGAUGAAAUACAGAUGCGACAAAAGUCACGAGAAAAGUUUCUUACGUGGCUUUCAGUAGGUACAGGGAUCUUUCAUAUAUCAGGGAAGAUGGGCUGCGGGAAGUCAACCUUGAUGAAAUUCUUGAGUCAUCACCCGGAGACACAAACACGACUGAAUGAGUGGGCAAAUGGAAACCAGCUUGUGUUUGCAAGCUUCUUUUUUUGGCGGCCAGGCUCAGACGACCAAAAAUCACUGCAGGGUUUAUACCGCUCCCUGCUGCACAGUGUGCUCAAACACCAUCAUGACCUGAUACCGUACAUCUUCCCCAGAGCAUGGAACGAGGCGAGAGAAAGCUCUUUACCACCGCAGAAAACAAUCAAGCUCUCAAGAGAUGAUAUUAGCCAAGCAUUUGGCCUUCUUGUUAGUAGCGAGAAUAUUUGCGCCAACCACAGAUUCUGCUUCUUCGUAGACGGUUUGGAUGAAUAUCAAGCCAGAACGCAAGACGACCAUAUGGACCUCGUCAAGCGGCUACAUAGCUGGACGACCACCUUCCCUUCGAAUGUCAAGCUGUGUGUUUCAAGCCGAGAGGAGAAUCUUUUCAUGAAUUCGUUUUCAGAAGCUCAGAGGCUACGGCUUCAUACGCUAACACAAUACGACAUUAAGGCAUAUAUCUUGGAAAGGCUUUCAAGUACUGAAAACUCAAGAGCCAUGCAAGCUGUGGCCAAGUAUAUCGUUAAAAAGGCUAGCGGUGUUUUCUUCUGGGUAGCGCUGGUCGUCAGAAACAUACGUAUGCAAUGGCAUCUUGAGCUUGAGCCUGCUGAGCUCCUCGAAAUCGUCCGUGGAUUUCCGAGCGAAUUGGACGAUCUUUAUAAGCAUAUACUCAAGGAACUCGAUGAAUUUAGUCGCAAAAUGGCAUUUCAGACACUCGCUAUGGUCCCCUUCGUGACGACUUCGGAUAGUCACAUUUAUUUGGACUCACUGGCGUAUUCUUUCCUUAACGACUAUAACCGAAAUGAAAGUUUUGCUAGGGAAGAUAGGUUCAAGGCAAAUCUAUCCAAGGAAAAACAAGAGAAAAAGAAAGAGGUCGCCCGAGCUAGGCUGAGCGGUUGGUGUCGAGGACUAGUUGAGUUCGACAGCCGGGGAAACAUUGGCUACGCGCACCGUUCUGUGGCAGACUUUCUCGACGCCAACGACGUACAAGAGCAAAUGGCCGCCUCUCUCAAUGGCAGCCAUCCUGUCAAUAUUCUAUCAGAACUUGUCCUGGCAAAAUGGAAGGUUCAAGUGAGCGUUGGUGAGCCGCUAUCGAGUGGCUACCCAUAUGAUCUAAUGAGCUUGCGUCUAGAGCAUGACCUCGAUCACGAACCGUUCGAAUUCUUACGCAGCAUGGAUGCCGUCUUUGAGCCGGAGCUUAAGUGUCUUGAUGACUCAACACUUCUCGGCGACAUUGAAGUUCAAGUACAAGUACGAGGGAGUAAGUGGAACAUUGCGAGGCGACAGGUGGCGAUUGAACAGAACAACAGGAGUGCUGGUAAAUACCGCGAAAAAGUCAGACUUUCAUUUGCUCCUCUAUUCUUCCCACUCCUUGAGACAAAUGACUACGUCUUGUGGAGCAUUGAGAACGACCCUAAAACUACAGAUACGGUGUCGAAGAUUGCGCUGCUGUUCUAUGCUUCGACUGUCUUGCCCACCUAUCCAGUUUUGGAUAUGCUUCUAAAACUCAAUAUUAUCAGUCCUGAUAUGCGUGUUAAUCUCAUGCCGGACUGCGGUAUAUUCUGGGCUAGAGACGCAUACGUUCCAAGCACAGCUAGUGAGAGCCACUCUAUUUGGCAGUACUUCCUCGCUCAGGAGUUUUAUUUCUGGUUGUAUCAUGAUGAGUAUUAUGUUACUCGUCGUUUUGCCGGUAUAGUCGAGCGUUUUCUUCGACUCGGCGCUGAUGCUCGGUUUCGAUUUUCUACUGUGGUCGUUCACUAUCCCAUCAAGCCAAACCUAGAAUGCGAGACAGAAGAUACUUUCACAUUUGGAAACCCCAAUGAACCAGAGACCCUCUCAUUCAGGCGUAAAUGGCGACAUGCCAGCUACUAUUUGGACGACCGGGAUGAAAUUGACGAUGUUGUUGGUCUUGACAACACAUUUCCCAAGGUAGAAACUUGGCCAUGGGAACCGAACGAACUUCGUCGCGAGAUAUCAUUUGCAGGUUGGAUCCGGGCUAUGAGCGAUUUCCCAGGCAAAGAUAAUUUGCUGCAACUCGUGGAGGAGAGGGCUCACGACUGCCGGAGCCUUGCUGCGAGUACUUCUUCAGUCAAAACAAAAGAAGCUGUAUCUCUUGAUGCAGAACCGAUCGUACUUUCAAAGAAAUAUAUAGGCAUCAAUUGGUUAUAUUUACUCGCUGGUCUGCUAGGACUUAUGUUGGUUAUCUUUGGCUACGUUACUAUGUAA